AUGAAACUAACUUCAAUAACAUCGAAAAUCUCCUCCAAAGAAUCAACCCAAUCAAAAAAACCCGAGUUUUGUCCAAUUUCAAACACUCAAAUACUAGACGACAUUUUUUCAACUACUGCUAGAAUCUCAGAAGAAUUGAAUAUCACUAAAAGUCAAACUACGUAUUUAUUAAUCUCAUAUAACUGGGAUCACGAAAAAUUACUACAGGAGUUUAACCAAUCGCCUGUAUCUUCUCAUAAUCAGUUUUUUAUAGAUCAUGGUGUAAUACCAGAUAAAACCAAAUCGAAAAUUAUCGAGGAAACUGAAAAUAAUACAAAAUUAACAACAUGUUUAGUCUGCUAUAAUGAAUUCUCAGAUAAAACUCUAAUUGGCCCUUGCUGUGGUCACAAAUAUUGUACUAUAUGCUACUCCACCUAUAUCAUAAAUAGUUUUAAUAAUGUCUAUCAUCCAUUGAAACAUUUAACAUGCAUUAAUCCAGACUGUAAGUUAUUAAUCAGUAAAUCUGAUUUGAUUGAUUUUUUCAGCCCAAAAAACAAAGUUGAAAAUAAAAAUAAUACUAUAGCUGAUUCAAAUGAAAAACCAAAUGAAAAUAGUUCCAAACUUAAUUCAAACAAUAAGAGCUCCACAAAUAGCAUACAAGGGGAAAUUGAUAAAAAUAAAACUAAUAAAACUAAAGCUGAUAAAGCUGACAAAGCUGAUAUAAAGAACAAUAUAAAGACAAAUAAAAUACAAAAUGAUACUGAUCUUCAGGGAAUGUCAGGUAUUCCAAAAAUAAAUGAACUUCAUGAUCUUUAUGAACUGUAUGAAAUGUAUGAAAUGUAUGGACUUUAUGAACUUUAUGAACUUGGUGAAACUAUUCAAAUUAACAAAACUAAUGAAACUAGUGAAACUAGUGAAAUUAACGAAACUGAACUAAAGGAAUUGAAUAAUAAUAUAAAGAAAAUUUACAGUAUAAUAGGAAAUUGGGAUAAUUUGAUGCUCAAUUCUUAUCUUUCAUUUAAAGCAGGUCCAACGAAAUCCUUAAAAUACUGUCCUUUUAAAAAUUGCGGUUCAAUCGUUAAAUGUGAUGAAUAUGAUAAAUAUUUUCCAAAGACUUCAUCAUCUUUGCCUGAUAACAAAAAAAACAAAAAAACUCAUGACAAAAGAUUUAUUGCAAUUUGCGUGAAAAAUCAUAAAUUUUGCUUUGAAUGUGGUGAAAAAUAUUCCGAAAAUUCAAACUGUGGUAAAGAUUAUUCAAUAGAUAUGGAGGAACUUUCAAGCCUUCAAUGGAAACAUCUUCAUUCAAAGCCAUGUCCAAAUUGUCAAGCACUUAUUGAGAAAAAUGAAGGAUGCGAUACAAUGAAGUGCUCUCAAUGUUCUGACACAUUUUUUUGGAGUCAUUUGAAUUAUUAUGAAAUUCCAUUGGAAAUGCAGGAAGAAUAUAUUGAGAUAUUUGGUAAAAUUGAAAAUAAUAGAGAUGCUUCAAUAAAUCCAGAUACUGUUCCAAUACCAGCAGCUGAAAAUGCAAAUGGGGGAAGGGCAGACAAUGAUUCUAAUAAACUUGUUUUGGUUUUUGCGAUCAUUUUGGGGAUAUUGGUUAAUACCUUGGUUUUGGUUGGAUUAAAAAAGCAUGUUAAAUGGUUGCAAAUUUUUUCAAUUUGCAUAACAUAUUGCUAUUCAUUAACAUAUUUUUUCACAGGAUAUGAUGCUCUUGUUACAUAUAUUUCCAGUUUAGUUUAUAUGAUUAUUGUGGGAGCUGAUAAAAGCUCACCGGUUUGGUUGAUUGUGCUUGCAUCUAUUUCUUUUGCUUUUCAUUUCUUCAGAUUUGUUAUCAUAUCUUCAUGA